CUUGUGGUGGCAAUCCAACCCGAGGAGCAAAGAGGGAGAGAGCGAGAGAGAGAGAGCGCGAUGGAGUUGAAGCUUAGGGCUGUGGUGGUCGCAAUGGCGAUGGUUCUCCUAAUGGUGGCGGCAUCCACCACGAAGGCGGCGGACCAGAGCCUGUGCAAGAUGACCCAGGAGGGGCUGGCGGCGUGCAAGCCGUGCAUCGCGAUGGUGAAGCCGGAGGAGAAGCCGAGCGAGGCCUGUUGCGCGGCGUUGAAGCAGGCCGACCUGCCGUGCCUUUGCUCCUACAAGAACUCCGACCUGCUGCCCUACCUCGGCAUCGACCCCAAGCAGGCCAUGCAGCUCCCCGCCAAGUGCAACAUCGCUCCUCCCCAGCCAUGCUGAGAAGAGACGCUGCGCCUGCUCUUUCCUUUUGUGUGCUUGGUGGUGUAGUGGUUGAAGAAGACAUGCAAGUGUUGUUGUAGGUGGCGUAACUGUGUCCUUUUUCCCUUCAUUCCUUCUUCUCACAACUCCAUGUUUCCCGUCAUGUUAUCAGUAAUAAACUACAUCUACAUGCACUAAAAUGGUAUUCA